AAAGAAAAAGAAAAAGAAAAAAAAAAGGUUAAAAAAAAAAAAAAAAAAAAUUAACUAGAUCGCUAUUCUUUUUUUAUUUUGUUGAUCAUAACACCUAGAAAAACAUGUCUGACAGUAACAGAGCUAUUCCCGCACCUAUUUAUGUCGCCGAGACACUUUUAAAGAAGAGAAAGGCCAACGAGAAGGGAGCUGCCAUUAAAGCCAGACAAAGAUUAGAACUCAAGAAGACAAAGAAGAGUUUGAAAAAGGCUCAGUUCAAGCGUGCUGAUGAGUUUAUUCGUGAUUACCGUACAGUUGAAAAGCAAGGCAAGCGUAUCCGUGCGUUAACCAGAGGCACAUUAAAGGGAUCCAACAAGAAGGGAGACGGUAAAUUAGUCUUUAUUGCACGUAUCAAGACAGAGAAUGCGAUUCAUCCUCGACUCCAACGCACACUUGCCAAACUUCGUUUAUUAAAGAUGAACAGUGGUGUGUUUGCUGUCUGUGACGAUUCAACCAUCAAGGAACUUCAACGUAUUGAACCCUUUGUAUCUUAUGGUGUUCCCAGUUUAAAAACCGUACGUGAGUUAGUGAUGAAGCGUGGAGCUACUACCAUCAAGGGAGUGCGUACUCCUCUUACAGAUAACGCUCUUGUUGAAGAGCUUCUUGGUGAGAAGGGUGUGAUCUGUGUUGAAGAUAUCAUUCAUGAGAUUGUCAGUGUUGGUGAGAACUUUGAUGUUGUCUCCAAGUUCUUGAGUCCCUUCCAAUUGAAUGAUCCUGUUCAAGGCUGGCGUCAAAAGAAGUUGAAGGAGGUUACCGAGAGAUUGAAUGAAGAAGAGAGUGCAGAGGAUGAUAUCAACAAGUUGAUUGAGACCAUGAACUAAUAAAAAGUCACCACCCCUUAGAUACACUACACACACACACACUACACUACACACACUACACACGCGCACACACACACUACACUACACUACACACACACACACUUUUUCAUCAUCACCACCACCACUUUUUCCCCCUUUUUUUAUUAUGGUAUAAUAAAUGCAUUCUUGUUUUGUACAGCUUAUUAG